AUGUCUGCCCCAGCUCAAAACUACAAGGUUGCUGAUAUCUCUCUUGCCGCUUUCGGUAGAAAAGAGAUCGAAUUAUCUGAACAUGAAAUGCCAGGUUUGAUGGCCAUUAGAAAGGCCUACGCUGCUGAACAACCAUUGAAAGGUGCUCGUAUCGCUGGUUGUUUGCACAUGACUAUUCAAACUGCUGUUUUGAUCGAAACUUUAGUGGCUCUAGGUGCUGAGGUUACCUGGUCAUCUUGUAACAUUUACUCUACUCAAGACCACGCUGCUGCUGCUAUUGCUGCUUCUGGUGUCCCAGUUUUCGCAUGGAAGGGUGAAACUGAGGAAGAAUACAUGUGGUGUAUCAAGCAACAAUUGUUUGCUUUCAAGGACAACAAAAAAUUGAACUUAAUCUUAGACGAUGGUGGUGAUUUGACCUCUUACGUCCACGAAAGCCAUCCAGAAAUGUUGGAAGGUUGUUUCGGUUUGUCUGAGGAAACCACUACCGGUGUCCACCACUUGUACAGAAUGGUCAAGGAAAACAAAUUGAAGGUUCCAGCCAUCAACGUUAACGACUCCGUUACCAAAUCCAAAUUCGACAACUUGUACGGUUGCAGAGAAUCUCUAAUCGAUGGUAUCAAGAGAGCUACUGAUGUCAUGUUGGCUGGUAAGGUUGCCGUUGUGGCAGGUUACGGUGAUGUCGGUAAGGGUUGUUCAGCAGCUUUGAGAAACAUGGGUGCCCGUGUUAUCGUUACCGAAGUUGAUCCUAUCAACGCUCUACAAGCCGCUAUGGAAGGUUACCAAGUUUUGACCAUGGAUGAAGCUGCUUCUCAAGGUCAAGUUUUCGUUACUACUACCGGUUGUAGAGAUAUCAUCAGAGGUGACCACUUUUUGAAGAUGCCUCAAGAUGCUAUUGUCUGUAACAUUGGUCACUUUGACAUCGAAAUUGAUGUCGCUUGGUUGAAGGAAAACGCUAAGGAAUGUAUCAACAUUAAGCCACAAGUUGACCGUUACUUGCUCUCUACUGGUAAACACGUUAUCUUGUUGGCUAACGGUAGAUUGGUCAACUUAGGUUGUGCUACUGGUCACUCCUCCUUCGUUAUGUCCUGUUCUUUCUCUAACCAAGUUCUUGCUCAAAUUGCUUUGUUCAAGGCUAAUGACAAGGCUUUCAGAGAAAAGUACGUGGAAUUCCAAAAGACUGGUCCAUUCAGCCUUGACGUUCACGUUUUGCCAAAGAUCUUGGACGAAGCUGUCGCUAAAUUCCACUUGGGUAAAUUGGGUGUUCAAUUGACUCAAUUGACUGAUGUCCAAUCCGAAUACUUGGGUAUCCCACAAGAAGGUCCAUACAAGGCUGAUCACUACAGAUACUAA